UAGGAAGUGUAUAGCGAUUCUUUCCACGUCACACCGCAGCCCGAAUUUCAACAUCAAGAAAACUCCGCAUAGUCAUGCUGAUUGAGAAUCAAACAUUGCGGACCAUUUUCAUAAUCUCUAUGCAAUUUAAAUAUUGACAUCCCGGAAAAUGUAUCAACUCUCCCGUGUGGGGUAAACGGGUAGCUGUGUGUUCAAAUGUGGUUGCACUGACGUUGGAUGCGCACAGUUCUACCUGUCUCGUGUGCGAGGGAAAGGCAGGAAACCAUGGCGAAACUCUCCGAAUCAGAGCCCCAACUUUACAGUUAUGGGAAAGUCGCAUGUGGGAUACUGACUCACGUGCUUUGUGUUGUCUUCACUGUGUUUAUCACGGUACUGGCCAAGCCAGGAACAAGUUUGUUCUCUUGGCACCCUUUCCUGAUGACACUGGCGUUCUCCCUCUUCAUGACAGAGGCUGUGCUUCUCUUCUCUCCACAUUGCUCUCCCAUUCAGAAGCUUCCCCACAAGACCAAGAGGCGUGUCCACUGGAUCCUGCAGUGCCUUUGUGCCAGCUGUGCCACUGUGGGCCUGGCAUCCAUCUUCUACAACAAGCACCUGAACGGCAAGCCCCACUUCGCCUCGUGGCACGGCCUGGUGGGCCUGGGGACGGUGUGCGUUGUAGGGGUGCAGUCUCUUGCCGCUCUGCCCCUCCUCUACCACUCCCUGGCUAAGGGCUGGUCCCUGGCUAGGCUGAAGCGCUACCACGCAGCGUCCGGCCUAGUCACUUACCUGCUGGGCAGUGUCAGUCUGCUCCUGGGCAUCUGCUCAGUGUGGUUUACAGGCGUUGUGGGAGGAUACACCUGGUACCUGGCAGCACUGUGCCCUGCCCUCAGCACCCUGGUCAUCAUGAGCCAGGUGUCCAAUACCUACAUGGCUAAGAAACGGCUGGUGUCCUAACCAGGCUGGCCCACCAACACCAAGCUCACAAACAGCAGCCAUAAACUAUUACUGUAUUCAAAUGAAGCUUUAAUAAAAGCUUUAGUGUAGAGCUUGCCGUAGGGCUCUCUUUGGAGGACCAACAUGCAUUUUGCCUAAUGCCCAAAAGUAGCGGUGCCUUACAUUGGUGCAAUUAUGAUUUUGUCACAUCUACUGCUGAAUUAGUUCUAAUUUUAAAGUUUACAUUUUUAGUAUGUUAAUUCUACCUUGAGCAAAAAAGUGCAUGGAAUCACCAAUGUGCAUAGCAUCGCACAGUACUAUUGCAGAGAAUUACAAGCGGUAGUGUAGUUUAUUAGUGUAUACUUACUAACUUCCUCUGUGGAACAUAAGGCUUCCACGAGAGAGCACCACUGCUGCUAAUCUUCUGCCUUUUUUGGGAUGUUUUUUUCAUGACAGGCCUCAGUCCUUGGAGUAUUUAGUAGUGUAUAGUACAGUAGUAUUUUGUAUCUGAGAGCCAAGGAGAAAAAUAAAGCCUGUUAUGUGUCUAAGGAAGUACUAAUAUUGGUUGUCAACCAUGCAAACAACUCCUAGAGGCCACUGAUGCUGCUUGGUUUUCUUUGCCUUUAGGCUUGAAUGGACCAAAGCACAUUUCUUGUGAUUCAUUUGUUUUUAUAAGGUGAUACAUUUGUGUACUAGUUUACACUGAGGUGUGAAAUUCCAGCCAAAUACGUAAGAUGUCAUAUUUACUGAUGUGGUAGACUGACUGCAAUGAAGUGUCAAACUGUGUAGUGUUUGCUCCCAUCCAUUCUGUAACUCCACCCUCAAUUGUUUUACGGAAAGGACGUACGCAUAGAGUUGCAUCAUACAUUUUACAUUUUAGUAAUUUAGCAGACGCUCUUAUCCAGAGCGACUUAAUGAGUGCAUACAUAUUUUGUACUGGAUACAUUCAUCAUCAUAACUGCGUCAUAUUCAAAUCCACUAUCCUCACAUGGGUGUUUCAUAGAUUCCCAGCUGCAGGAGUGCAAUUGAAGGUAGAGUUAAACAUAAUUAUUGGAAUAUACUAUAGAUUAUUACUGAUCAUUGUUGACAUGUUUUGUCAAAAUUAUAUCUUGAUGCAAUUUCAAUAAAAAAUACAUUUUGCA